UGAGGUUCAUACCUAUAGCAUCCAGUCUGAAGCGGGUCAGUAUGAAUGCAGUGUGUCUGCCCUGCGCUGGGUUUGUAAUAAAAAGGUCAGCUUCCAUUACCAGUUUCGCUCAUGGGAGGAACACAUGGCGGAACCUGCAUGCAUUGAUUACAUGCCAGCAGGACCCCUACUGGACAUCACAGUCACAGAUGGGAAACUGGAGGAGGUGCAUCUACCACACUGGAUAGACCACAGCUCCAAAAUUUCAGACUUGUUUUCAAUCCUACACGUGGACACCUGUGGCAAUUUUGUGGAACAAGUGUCGGAGGUGACAUCCUCCCACAUCAAGUUACUCCAGCCAACUUUCUCUCCACGGGGGGUUAUGAUCCGGAAAAAACUGGGCAUCUCCGUGAAGGUUUUCUAUGAUGUCUUAAUAUACAAGACAAAAAAGGAAUUCCUCACAUUGCAUGUUUACCUGGUCCCACCUGAUCGUGAUGUGAAACAGAAAGUGGAGAGAAAUGAGACGUCCUAUGGAUCAAUAAUGAUCCCAAAACCAAACCCAGACAAAUCUCUUGAGAUGCUGGAUCAUUUCUUCCUCACAACAGACAUGGACACUGCUGAAAUUCAGCCUGAUAAAUUAAAGCUAAGAUAUGAGAGGAGAAAUUUCUUUGAGGUCUUCAUCAGAAAUGCAGACAGUGACUUCAGUCUAAAGCUUCAGAGUAAGCAAAAUAAAAAUAAUGAACAUGACACUGUCUGGACCUGCACUAUUCGACAAGGAGACUACCAAAAUCAAAGCACUGAUCACAAGGACGGGCAGCAUUUCAUUGAUCGCCAUCGCACAGCUCUGAUUCAGAGAGUGAACGAUACAGGGCCCAUCCUGGACGAGCUCAUGGAUUGGGGACUAAUCUCAAGUGAGAACUACGAAUCUGUGAGAGCCUUAAAAACCACACAGGACCAGAUGCGUGCCAUUCUGAAACCUGUGAGCGCUGCCAGCACAAGAGGCAAAGAUGCCUUCUAUAAAAUCCUGAAAGGGAUGAAGCAUCUGAGGCCUCUCAUCUCUGAGCUUGAGGGAUCUGGAUAAACCAUGGAUAAAGACAUGGAGCUUUGCAUUCUAAGUCGAUAUUUGUUGCUUAGAUGACAGAAAACAGUGUCAAAUUUACUGACCACACAUUGACUUUACUGACAAUUCAUUGACUUAUAAAGAACGUGGACUCUUGUGGCCCAAACCACCUCUGAAUGUGACUUGAGUGAUCACAUUUCAAAUGGUUCCUCAAUGCUUCUUUGGUGCAUGUACACAUGUACCCAGAGCUGUCUACCUGUGAUCGAAUCACCUGACACGCAUGCUAGAGCCAAGUCUGAACAGGGCCUUAUAAGCCUUAUAAGCACUACACUGAGAUGAUUGGACGUAAACACUGUUUUGUGGAUGUAUUCAUCUCUGCUAUAAAAGGAAAUGCUGUAUAUCAGCCAGCUCAAAUGAAAAGUGUCUUUGUGACUUAAAGGAAAUUAAGUACCCAAAACUACACCGCAUGUUUUUUUGUAUUUUAUUUAUGGAUUUAUGAAAUGUAUCAAAAUGCAAAAUGUUUUAAGUGUACUAAAUUCUGAGCAGCAUACAACAUACAUUUUUGUAUCUUUCAUUGUAUUGGUUGGUUGUUGGUUGUAUUGUAUUGUUCUUUAUUCCAUGUAAAUAUUAAAUGUUUUGCAUUAAGCAACAUGAGUAAGGCAGAGCCACGGGAAUUGUAAAUGCAUUUUUUAAAACACAGAUUUUGUUGUUUAAAUGUUGUUUAAAUGAUAUAGCUCAGUUUUAAAGCUUUUAAGAUUAGAUGUAUCUUCUUCGAAAAGUGCUUGACCAAAGACUAAAGAAGUUUUAUUUACGUUUUUUGUUUUAUUUGUACAGUCAAGAAACACCAACAGGUACCCUUCAGCUAAAUGGUUGGACCAGAUCAUGUUGUGACAUGAUUUAUACAAGUGCACUGAGAGAUUUAAUAUGAAAGAGUCUUAUUCUCUGUCAUUAUUUUUUCUACAUUCCUUAUAUAUAUCAUUUUAUCUUCUUUUUUUUUUACCUUUAUUAAUGUCAAGACAAAGUUAGAGUAAGAAGAAUGGGAACAUACACAUACACACAUACAUAUGUCUUAAUUAUUUUCAGCUUGCCCCAGCUGGUAAUAGUUAAAUAUUUGUUUUAUUUUAGCAAUAAUAAAUUACACAAAUUAAAGACAAA